UGUAGGCGCUGACAACUAGAAACUAAAUCGGUUCCAAACACACUCUCUACGAGCUAAAGAGUAAAACCAGGGCUCCCGCACAGAUCUGAAUCGCGCUCUAGAUCUCCUAUCCCAGCUUUUCCCGCUGCAUUCUCCAGAGAUUUUGCAGGCUCACUACUUAAUAAAAUCAUGUCAAGGAGGCCAGUAAAUCCUGCUAGACGCAUUGGCGACGGUGGAAGCAUCCCAUUUGUGGGUGUUGUGCAGUCCAAAGCACGCUCAUCGCCACUACUGUCUAUAGGGCUUGUGCUUGUGGGUGCAAUUCUUCUUGUCUGCUAUGCUUUCAGCGGGUCAGGUGGACGGAGCAGUAAAGAGGCUGUGAUUAAACUUGAAGGUGGUGCUUCGUGCACAUUCGAAGUUCAGAGAGCAAUACCUAUACUAAAGAAAGCAUAUGGUGAUAGCAUGAAGAAGGUGUUGCAUGUGGGCCCUGACACCUGUUCAGUGGUAUCUAAAUUAUUAAAAGAGGAGGAUACAGAAGCCUGGGGUGUGGAACCAUUUGACUUAGAAGAUGCUGAUGCAAAUUGCAAGAGUCUCGUGAGCAAAGGCAUUGUGCGUGCUGCUGAUAUAAAGUUUUCUCUGCCUUAUCGGCCAAAAUCAUUUUCUCUCGUAAUAGCAUCAGAUGCGUUAGAUUACUUGUCUCCAAAAUACCUCAACAAAACUCUUCCAGAGCUGGCAAGGGUAUCUGCUGAUGGUGUUGUUAUAUUUACUGGUUAUCCAGGUCAGCAUAAAGCUAAAGUUGCAGAGCUAUCCAAAUUUGGCCGUCCAGCCAAAUUGCGAAGCUCGUCCUGGUGGAUAAGGUACUUUGUUCAAACUAGCUUAGAAGAGAACGAAGUAGCCUCAAAGAAGUUUGAACAGGCUGCACUAAAGAAAUCUUACACGCCUGCUUGCCAAGUUUUCCACCUCAAGUCAUACCAUUAAGAAUCACAGCUUUGUAACUUUGUUCGAUCAGCCUGUUGGUGAAACAUCGGCUAUAUACGUCUUCAGUGCCCAAAGGGUAAGUUCAUAUUUUGUGGGAACAUAGAGCCCCAUUGUGUGAUCGAUUAUGACACAGGAUCUUCUGACUUAUGUGUGUUGGGGAAGUGAGUUCUUGUGAAUUGGCUUUUAUCCUCACUAUGUAUUCUUUUACAAUGAUGUAAUUUCUCAUUGCUGCUGCUUCUUCUUCUUCUUCUUGUUGGUGUUGUUGCAGUGAUAUAGAUUUGUUAGUACACUAGAUUAUUUUUGUUUAUUA